CCGUAAAGAGACAGUACUAGCUACCAGUAUCUUUCCUACCAUGGAGCUGUCAAAAGGAGAUGUGAUGCUUUCUCCAUAAAUAAAACAACUUGAACAGGAGACAGUAUGGCCAGAUGCAGCAGAAGAAGUCGAUACUUUUGGUAUGUUUGAAGUGUUUGUUGUCGCCUGUGAACAUUAUUAUCAUCUCCUGGCUUGUAAUAUUAACCUUAUUGGUCUUUCCUUUCUCAUGGAUGUUGGGGAUGCCCAUGGCUGCAUUGAGGUGAUGUCCCAAGAAGCCUUUACAGAAAGUCGAGGGAAGAGGUAUGGCCCCAAGCAAUGGUCCAUCAUUACCAAGCAUCUGCACGGGCGUAUCGGCAAGCAGUGCCGGGAGCGCUGGCACAACCACCUUAACCGGACUCAGGAGGAGGACCAGAUCAUAUACGCUGCUCACAAACGUAUCUGGAACCUCUGGACCGAGGAAUCUAAGCUGCUGCCUGGCAGGAGAGACAACUCUAUUAGAAUCACUGGAACUCCACCAUGCGUAGGAAGGUGGAGCACGAGGUCUACCUGCAGGAUGUCACGACACAGAUCGACAAGACCAAGGCUCCCAUCAAGAGAAGGACCAAGUCCUCCUGCUCCUCUAGGGACUCCUGCGGAGCCAGAAUCAUUAUGCCAUGAUUAUCCCCACAAAGAUUUCAGGAUAUUCCCUUGGCUUGUUGGAUGGCCAGUAUAUGGAAAGUGUUCCUGAAACUGAUUACUUUGUCCCAGCUGCAUGUACCCCCGGAGUCAUUCACUGACCAAUAAAGAGCAGAGAAUUAAGGAACUCAAGCAGCUCCUUAUGGCAUCUGAGAGCAAAGUCGGGAAUCGGGCAGCUUCCUGUGUAAGACAGA